GGGGACAGAGGGGCCUUUUCUCCAGGCUGGGGAAACUCGGGCCCGACUUAGGACUCAGGCCACAGCGGUUAGACGUCCCAAGCCCUGCCUGCACCACCACGGGAAGAUGUCCCGGGCCCUGGGGCUGGCCCUCCUGGCCUUGACAUGCACUGUGGACCUGGGCCAGACCAGUGGUUUUACAGAAAAUGGCCUCUCUCUGCUGAGUUACCAGCUGUGCAGCUACCCCAUGACCCGAAGUGUCCAGAAGCUGCAGGCGGUGCAGACCUCUUACACAGCCUACGUAUAUUGUGGAGGAUGGAUCCCCUGGAAAAAGUGCCCCAAGACCGUGUACCGGACCCAAUACCUGGAGAUGAACGUCCCUGAGUCCAGGAAUGUGACCGACUGCUGUGCAGGUUUUGAGCAGCUUGGCCUCUACUGUGUUCUGUCCCGGAACCGGUCCAGGGAGUUUGCAUCGAGACCCGGGGUCUGCCCAACAGCUGAGCCAGGGCCAUUUACAUCUUCAUGCAGCUUGGACACAGACUGCCCUGGACUUCAGAAGUGCUGCGCCUGGCCAGGCGGGCACCGCUGUGUGUCCCCUACACCCACAGGUACAGAGAGGAGCAUAGUGGGCUGGUACAAUGUCACUGUGCUGGUGAAGAUGGGCUUCGAGGACCUGCAGAGAGAGGACCCUGGGCUCCGGAACCACACGCGCCUGCUCUACUCUUUGGUCACCAGUGCCUUGCAGCCUCUGAACCCAGCUGUACACUACCUGACCUCAACUGGUGGCAAGGACACAUUCACCACAGUGUCAUGGCUGCUGCUGGGCUUCCCACAGCGCAUGACUGUAGCCAAUGUCUCCACCAUGUUGGAUGACAUGGUGAAUAGAGUCUAUGAGGUGAUCAGCAUCCAGGUGCAAGACGUGAACGAGUGUCUUCACAGUGAGCUCCAAGCCUGCUCUGAAGGAAAACAGUGCUGGAACCUGGAGGGCUCCUACCAAUGUGUGUCUCCCCAGCAGCUGACCACCUUGCCUUCCCAGCAUCUGAACCACACAGAUAAAGACUGCCCUCCAAUCCGAGACUUCGUGGCGCUUGACGUCACCAGCAGCAGUUUCCAUGUGUCCUGGAGUUUGAAUUCCACUCAGAACCACACUUUCCACGUACAAGUGUACAAGGGCAGAGAAAUACUCAGAAGCACUUGGACAGGGGACCGGACUCUGGCUGUGCCUGAUUUGGAGGCCGGAGUACUUUACAGAGUGAGGACUAGCUACCAGGGGUGCCGGGCCAACAUCUCUGCCACACUGGUUGUCAAGACAGAUGCUCGGGUUUUCCAGGUCACGAUACGGAUCAUGAACCGAAACCUGACAGAACAGAUUCUCAACUGCAGCAGCAGGGAAUUCUGGAACUUUUCUCGACAGCUGUUUCAGGAGGUGGAAAACUCCUUCCCCCAAGUCAUUUCUAACAUGUACAGACAGGGGAGGCUGAAGAUGCAGAUCGUGUCUCUGAAGGCAGGGAGUCUGGUGGUGACGCUUAGACUCACCCUGCAAGAUCCUGACUUUCUAGUGAAUGUUGGCACACUGAAACCCAUGUUGCAGCCUCUGUCUAUGAGCACUGUGUUCCAGGUUGACCAGCAGGGGACACGAGUGCAAGACUGGGACGAGUGUGCACACAGCUCAGAACAUGACUGCCACCCAGCCGCACGCUGCAUCAACCUGGAGGGCUCCUACACAUGCCAGUGCCUCACAGCCAGGGACGCCAACCCCUCCAGGGCUGGCAGGGUCUGCGAGGGUGACAUGGUGACUCCCACAGGAGGUGGACUGUCUGUUGAAACAACGAAGGUCAAAGCCGCAGCUGUCAGUAUGGGAAUAACAACCUUUGGCCCAGAGACCCUCACCUUGUCACCAAGUUCCGAGCAUCUAAGGAGCACCCCAGCAGAAGGCCAAGCCUCGACCCUAGGGCCUCCAUCUAGGAGAGAUGGUGGUAGCACAGCCAGGCAAGAUAGGAAUAGCACAGGACAGGAUGUGGAGGUGCCCAACGUGACCCAGAACCCGCACACCACGAGAGAGUCACAGGAACACAUGACCAAAGGUCCACCCUUCCUGACCGCUAGAUCCACGGGCUAUGUUGUGUGGCACCCUAGUCCCACUUGGGAGACACCUCUGAAAUCCACAAGACCGCAGAACGAAGACCCUCCACCUUCCUCUUUCCCAGGCCCACCAUCGACCCUAGUUGCUGUGACUCCAGAGACCCCUGCCUGUGUUCCUGGACCCAUUGGAAAGGUCACAAUCUCUAAUGUGACCAGUACCAGCUUCUCCCUCAAGUGGUCGGCAGACCUCCACCUCUCCCCUGCCUUCUGCCUCACAUUGGUCUCUCCUCGGGGCCCCGCCAAGACUAUGGAGACCCAGCACAAUAAUGUGACAUUGUCAGGGCUGGAACUUGGAACCUUGUACCUGGUGGAGAUUAUGGCUAAGGUGUGUGGGAAGGAAGGUGCCAGAACACAGCUGAAAGUGCGGACAACGGCCCACAAACUCACUGGUAAAGUUCGGAUCCCAAGCAUGCAGUAUUCGGAAUCCUUCCGCAAUGCCAGCAGCAGGGAGCAUCAAGAGUUCGUACAAAUGUUCUUCAGGACGGUGCGGGACUCUCUUCCAGCCACGCUUCGUCAGCACAUGGACGAGGGCAGGAUCCAAGUGGACAUCAUCAACAUCACAAAUGGCAGCGUCGUGGUGGAGUUUAAUUUGCUAAUGACAGCAGACCUGGAUGUCAGGGAGGUGUCUGCUGGCUUCCUCUCUGCCUUCCAGAACACAUCGAUGCUGGAGGUAGUCAGAGGCAAAACCAUUAUACAAGAUUACAAUGAAUGCGACAUGAGGGAGGAUGACUGUGCCCCUGGGACGUGCACGAACACCUUUGGGUCUUUUACGUGUAGCUGUGAUGGGGAAAGACCUAACUCACAGGUGGAAUAUUCUGGAAGAUCCUGUGAUGAUGCCAGCUCCACACCCCAGGACCUGCCCCUCAGACUCAACUUGACGGAUGCCGUUCGUGUGUCCUGUGAGAUCGAAAUGGUGGUCAUCGCCAUCCAGAAGCGCUUUCUGCAGCAGGAGGCCAUACCCGAGGCAUCCCUGUACCUGGGAGAGCCGUCCUGCAACGUGAGCAGAAGCAACAGCACACACGUGUUCCUGGUGACUGGCUGGGGCCAAUGCGGGACCCUCGUACAGAGCAACAUGACCACCACAGUGGUGAAGACCACGCUGAGGAACGACCUGUCCCCAGAGGGCGUCAUCCACCACCUGCAGAUCCUCAGUCCCAUCCACUGUGCCUUCCAGAAUGACCUUCUGACCUCCUCGGGCUACACCCCACAGUGGGGGGUCUACACCGUCAUCGAAGACCUCCAUGGUACCGGCAAUUUUGUCACGGAAAUGCAGCUGUUCAUUGGCGAUUCUCCCAUACCCCAGAACUAUAGCGUGUCCGCCAGCGAUGAGAUCAAGAUCGAGGUGGAGCUUCACAGGCAGAAGAGCAAUCUGAAGGUCGUGUUGACUGAGUGCUGGGCCACCCCCUCCAGCAACGCCAAGGACCCCGUCACCUUCGGCUUCAUCAAUAACAGCUGCCCCGUUCCCAACACCUACACCAGCGUGAUCCAGAACGGCAACUCCAGCAAGGCCCAGUUCAAGCUGAGAAUCUUCUCCUUCAUCAACAACUCCAUCGUCUACCUGCACUGCAAGCUGAGAGUGUGCAUGGAGAACCCCAGGAACUCCUGCAGAAUAAACUGCAAUGACUUCCGGUUAUUGAGAAGCAGUGAAGCCAUACACCAGAUGACCUGGGGGCCCCUCCAUCGGUCUGAAGGUGCACAGGCAUGUACAAAGCCAGGCCUGGGGACUGGUUACAUCAUUCUCAUAGCAGCAGCUGUGCUUGUGGUGGUGGCAGGGGCCGCAACCCUUCUGAUCUUGCGUUACCAGAGGGUAAAGCAGAAAUACAAUCUUCGAAUCCAGUCUGACGACUUCAGCUACCAAGUGUUCUCUCAGUAGGAGGCCCAGCCGCCUGGGAGAUGGAGCACCCUGUAAAUAAGGUCCAGUGGCUAACUCAUCGAACAUUGACAGGAGUCCAACUCUGUACGGUGUUGUACCGACACUUGGGGAUGAGACCUUUCAAUGCCAGCAAACCUCUGUCUGCCCCCGAGAGCCUGAAGACACCAAGUACCAGCCAGCAGACUGGUGACAGGCCUGCUGAAUAUGAGGGCAGAACACCGGAGGGGCCUUCAUCCUCAAACCCAGCACAAACACGGCCCCAGUUACCACAGUCUUCCAAGCUAUAACAUCCAAGCUGCUCCCGAGGCCCUCGUUCUCUGACAACUACCUCCUCACAGACCAUCCCCAGUGCCUGUGAGGUUCACUCACGAGCGGAUCCACCCACUAAACUCCCCAUACACUAAACUCCCCAUACACAGACAACGCUAAUUCUCCUCUCCUUAUCCACAUGCAGACGACCUAGGUUGGAUACAGGAAGCUUUCUAAUGAGUCUCAGUCACAUGCUGUGUAUGUACCACUCUUGCAGGUUUCCCAGUGCACCCGUGGCCAUUUUCCCAUUUAAUUCCAUGAAGAGGAAGGUGUGAUUUUUUUGUUUGUUUGUUUGUUUUGUUUCCCCACUUGGGGAGGUGCAUACCCAUGCUAACAGGUCCUUGCUUUGUUGAUUUGAUGAGAGACCAGGAUUGGUUACGCAGUUUACACCUGAGGCCAUAGCGUUCUCCCUAAUGAGAUUAGGAUCAUAAUGGCAUUCUAGCUUUUAAUUAAUACACUUACUUAUGUCGAGUGUGACUGUCACUUACUCAGACCAUUUGGGGAAAUGAGUCUUUCGACUCCUUGCAUAGUCUUGGGGGUGAGAAUGACAACAGGGGGGCUUCGUGGCUAGCUGACCUUGAGCAAUAAAUUUUUCCUGGCACUGAA